AUGGCCAAACGGACGUUUCAGUCACUCUGGAGAAGAUCUCCACUCAGUCGCAAGCAGCCGACUACUUUCUGUGGUACUGGCGCCGAGAUCCUUCCAAAUACUCUAGUAGAGGAAGAAGUUGUACCGGAUUUUCAGGCGAACUACUAUCUUCCUGUCAACCCUGGUGAUAUAUUUAAUCAGAGAUAUGAGGCGCUGGCAAAAUUGGGAUGGGGUGGAUGUUCUACUGUCUGGCUUGUCCGAGAUCUCCAUCGAUGGAACUGGCAAUCUGAACGUUAUUUGGCUUUGAAAGUCGGCACCUGUAAUUUCCAAAACGCAAAACAUGCCACUCACGAAUUUGACACUGAAUGCCAUAUCACUAACACGGAUUCGCGACAUGUCGGCCGUGGUUAUGUGAGGACUUUUGUUGAGCAAUUCGAAGAAAAGGGACCAACUGGAACCCAUAUAUGCUUUGGAUACGAGCCUAUGAGAGAAACUCUCACAGUGUUCCAGACACGGUUUCGGGACCAGAGAUUUCAAUUGGGUCUUCUCAAGGGUUAUGUGAAGCUGCUUCUGAAGGGACUUGAUUUUCUCCAUUCUGAUUGCAAUGUGAUUCACACGGGAAAGUACCUUAAGUCGGACAAUAUUCUAGUGGGAUUUGAAGAGCUUUCUGUGCUGAAGGACUUUGCAGAAUUACAGCCAUCAAACCCGAUGCCACGGAAAUCGAAGGACGGCAAGACUGUUUACCUUUCUCAUAACGAUUUUGGUACUGUUAGAUCUUAUUACAUCCUACCUAAGAUAACCGAUUUUGGAUUGGCACAGCGCCAGAAAGAUGCCACCCUGUUGAAUAGACAUCCUAUUCAGCCUGAUCCGUAUCGAGCUCCCGAAGUUAUCCUCGGCGCAGGGUGGACAUAUAGUGUGGAUAUUUGGAAUCUUGGAUUGCUGAUGUGGAAUUUCCUUGAGUCUCGAAAUCUGUUUACUUUGGCGGUUGACGAUAAAGGAAAUUAUCAUCCUGCUGCACAUAUUGCAGAAAUGAUUGCUUUAUUUGGCCCACCGCCCAAAGAGCUACUAGAGCGCGAGAGGGAAGGCCUGAGUUGGAAGUGGACUCCAGCUGCCCAUAACGAGGAAGGAAAAUUGUGCAACACAGCGUCCGAGUGGUAUGGUGGUCCAUUUUUUGAUGAGCAUGGGGAAUUUCUCCACAAGCAUUUAAUACCCAGUGAGCUUCGACUGGAGGAUACGGUUACGUGCCUCGGGGAAAAACAAAAAGCCGAGUUCCUAUUCUUCGCAAAGAAAAUGCUCCAGUGGCUCCCUGGUGAUAGAAAAACAGCGAAGGAACUGAUUGAAGACCCUUGGCUUAGUGAGGAAUCAAUUAAAAGAGAAAACAUUUGA